AUGGAGAACCAGAUACCGCAAGAUGGCCAACCAAGCCGUGGCAGCAGCAUUAGCUUGGAUGAUGAGAUCGGACUGAUUUCAAGGUCCGAUCUUUACACUACACGCCAUCCACAGAGAGAGGUGUACGGCCCGGUGACUUCAGGGCUAUUCUUAAUGAUGCCUCUCGAUUUGCCUAACACGUACACUGUAGAGGACCCAUUUGCUGGCACACUUCCCUCGGAUGAUGGUGCUGAAUCUUCAUCGCUCUCGGUACUUCGCCUAGAACGCUAUUUGGCGGAAGAGCACUAUCACGAGCGCUUUCCCCUUGGCAUGCAUCCCUUGGGAAUAAAUAAGGCGACUGUCAGGAGAUACCUCCCAGGCAUUAUACAGAACGUUGAAAGCGAUGUGUCCCAGGCGGAAGCCACUCGCGGCACAGUGACAGACUGCGACGAUAGAGGCUGUCAGGGAUCGACGACGACAACAGCGACAUCUACACCUUCCGACGCGUCGCCGGAACCCAUUAGAGCACAUGAUAUCAACGACGCUGCCUCAGCACUGCUUACCAUGACGUCUUUCUCAAGCCAUGACAUGGCUCCUAGUUUGGCGGGAUUAAGCCAGACUGACGUGGCUCUCGUCAAGCCAAAAGACGCCCCGGCUAGCAAUGAAUCCCAUCCCAUAAAUUCAGAAGCUUUUGAUGAGGACCUUGAAAUGGGACACAUCCUGAUGCGUCGUAGGGUGAGAGGUUGCGACAGGCAUAGCAAGUGGCGCGUGGGGAAGCAGCCGCGCAUUCACAAGACUGUCCGUCGGCGGAAGAGGACACCAGAGCUGCCGGAGUCGAAGUGA